AUGCGAAUACUACGCUGGAGACUGAAACUAUCAGAGUACGAUUAUGAUGUUGUAUACAAAGCCGGAAAAACUAACGUAAAUGCAGAUGCACUAUCACGGAACCCUGUAAAUAUCAUGGAAACAAAAUGUAAUAUCAUAAAAUAUAAACCACUGAAUCCUAAUAAUUCGCAAGAUGCAGAAAAAAUUUCUAGGAUGUUAGAAGAAUCCGACGACGAGGGAGAAAGCGAAGACGAUUUUCAUUUAUACCUUUCAGAUACUGAAACAGACGAACCGUUUUAUGACCAUACUAAUGCCACACCAUCUGCCGAAGAAAACGAACCACCACCACCCAAACAAGAUCGAAUACAAACCCGAAGCCAAACUUGGGACCGAUGGGUUGGUCUUGCAAUGUUUAAUUACAAUACUAGCGUACAUGAAGCAACUAAGCAUACUCCAUACGAAUUAGUUUUUGGUAAAAUAGCAAGAAUUCCAUCCAACGAACCUCUUAUUUUAGAAGAUAAACUAGCAAGCUACGAUGAAUACUUAAUAAAUCUCGUCACACAACUUCACACUAUUCAGGGAAAUGCUCGCGAUAAUGUUAUUCAAGCAAAAACUAAAUCAAAAAAUCAUUACAAGAAAAUAAAUCCGCAGACAUUUAAGCCUGGAGACCAAGUAUUUUUAUUAAAAGAUCCUAAACUUGGUAAAUUCGGGAACCAAUAUACCGGACCUCACGAGGUUUUAGAAAUUCUUAACAAAAAUAAUGACGAACUGGAUGAUCAAAAUCAACCUAGGGUACUGGGGCCGAUCAAUCUGGCGGCGUAUGUGCGAUGUCUACCUUCUGGAGGACAGAUUCAAGGAGUUAUCCUGGCAAACUAUAACCUGUGGUUUAGUCUACACCGGUCCUGUCCAGAACAUCCAAACCUGGCCAAAAGAAACCAAGGAUCUCUGCCGACUACUUCUCGAAGGACGAAAAAGAUGGAUCCAUAUAGUCCGCCCCCUCAAUGA